GAAGCGAUGAUGCAAAAAGCUAACCUAAAAAUAAAUAAUAAAUCUAAAUUUUCCACUUCGGCUUGGCUCUUGGCUGUUUGUUUUCUCCUUUUCAAUAGUGAAACUUUUCUAAUUUCAUAAUAUUCUGUUGUUUGUUCGAAGUAACUCAUUCACGAAUUAUUUUAUACAUACAGAGUUUUGAAAUUUUUUACAAUGAUCUUUUGUGUUCUUAAAAUUUGAAUUUCAAUUACCGGUACAAGUAGUUAGCCUAAUUCAAAAUAACCAUGGCAUCAAAGCAUUGUUCAUUUGAGCUAAUGCGUUCGCAGCUUCAGGAAUCUUUGAAAUCUUGUUCAGAAAAGAAGAAUCUUGAACCAUUGAAGAAAUCCUUUGAUUCCUUAAACACAAGCGACAGUGAGAAGCGAUCAGCGUUGGAUCAGGUGCUGAGAGACUACCUGCUCGUACUGUUCUCGGCGUCUGCUAGCGAUAGCGACGACCGCAUAUCAUGGGAAGGGUACUUGCAGUUGUGCAUAGAGGCGUGCAGGAAAGACAUGGCCACCACAACGAUGCCCGUCGUCUUGCUUGGCGACAUUUUCGAUGCACUCACUCUGGACAAGUGCGAGCGCCUCUUCACCUUUGUUGAGGACAACGUCUCCAUAUGGAAGGAGGAUCUGUUCUUCAGCGCCUGCAAAAACAACCUGCUUCGUAUGUGUAACGAUCUAUUGAGAAGGUUGUCCCGAUCACAGAAUACUGUAUUCUGUGGCCGAAUUCUGCUCUUUCUGGCGAAAUUCUUUCCAUUCUCCGAACGAUCCGGGCUGAACAUUGUCAGUGACUUCAACGUUGAGAAUGUCACUGAAUUCGGAUCUGACGAACCAAUGGACACUAAAGAUGCUGACGACAAGUCAGAAGAUGAUGAUUCUCCAGACAAAAUAAAAAUUGACUACAACUUAUACACAAAAUUUUGGAAACUACAGGACUUCUUUUGUAACCCCAAUCUAUGCUACAACAAAGUCCAAUGGAAAUUGUUUUCAAGUCAUACAUCUUGCGUGCUAUCUGCAUUUAAAAGCUUCAAACUUUACGAUGAAGGAAAACGUUCUAAUCAAGUAGUGAACGUAGAUGAACCUCUCAGUGAGCACUAUUUUGCUAAAUUCCUGACCAAUCAGAAGCUAUUGGAAUUGCAGUUGAGUGAUGUUAGCUUCAGACGCUAUGUGCUGCUCCAGUUUCUCAUCCUUUUCCAGUACCUCAAUUCUCGAGUCAAGUUCAAAGCUGAUACGUUUGAAUUGAAGUCGGAUCAAACGGAGUGGGUGACGGAGACAACUCAACUGAUCUACACUCUGUUGCAAGAGACACCUCCGGAUGGCGUCAAAUUCUCCACCACGGUCAAGAACAUUUUGCAGAGGGAAGAGUUCUGGAACAGCUGGAAGAACGAAGGCUGUCCGGAGCUGCAGCGACCGUCGGCUCCAGCUGACGACGACGCAGUGACGACGUCCGAAGUGAAGAGACGCAGCGUUGGCUGUCAGCCGCAACAGAAGCGACCCCACAAGCGGCUUGGCCAGAUCAUCAAGGACGCGACUGCCCACAAGAAAUUCGUGUUCGGAAACCCAGAACUGAAUAAACUGUGGAAUCACAUGCCUGAUAAUCUUGAGGCCUGCCGCUCCAAAGAUAGAGAUUUCCUUCCCAGUCUCGAAUCGUAUUUCGAGGAAGCCAUCGAGCAGACAAAUCCAGCCGCUAUGCUUGAGGAGGAAUACAAGAAAGUGAAUGACUGCAAUUUCGGCUGGCGUGCUCUGAGACUACUGGCUCGUAGAUCUCCAUAUUUCUUUUCGCAGAGUAAUAUUCUUAUUGCCAAAAUGCCUGAUUUCCUGGAGAACAUGAUAUUACGCAUAAGCAAGGAUAAACCGACCGAAUCAGCUGAAGUGAAAAUGGAGCUGACGGAAGUGAAGCAGGAAAUCCAGGAGGACAUGCACACGAUCGAAGUCAAUGACGGAGACACCGAGGACGAAGAACUCAUGAAGACCGACGAAAAGAAGGAAGAAGUUACAGCUACCCAUAAUGAUUCAUCAAAGCUGAUGAAAAGUCUUGUACCGGAGCUAGUUCCUCUAAUUCCACUUGAAAAUUGGAAAAAGUUGGCUAUCAAGUUGGGUUUCGCCGAUAAUACGAUCGACUACUUUGAAGGAAUGUCGCUGGGUAGACGCAAAGAGCACCAGACCGAUUGCAUCAAAGAGAUGCUGAAAUACUGGUGCGAAACGGACGAUUGCAGCAUUGAAAACCUCACCUACACUCUAGAAGGUCUCGAGUUCACAGAGGCAGUUGAGUUUCUCAAGCCUCACCAUCCCAAUCCACCUACUGAUUAGUGCAUUAUUUUCAAGUAGACUGAGACUUUUCCAUUUCAGAUAUUUAUAGCGAUUUUUUUACAUUCAAUUAUAAAAGGUUCUUAGUAUCGAUAUGAAAAAUGGAAUAGAUAACUUAUCUUAUGUGCACUUUUAUCUUUUGCAUCCCAUGAUUCUAUUUCAGUCAAAUCUAAAAUAUAGGGGUGGCUUCAUCUCUCUAAUACGUAAUUUGAAUAAAAGGUUCAAGUGUUUUUCAUUCAUUUUCGAUGUGCUUUAUUUAAAGAGAAUAAAGUUUUCUACUGUAUGUCAUCUUGAA